AUGCAAAAGGCAAAUGCAAACACAGAACCACAUCACAUCACACGUUCCUUCUCCCGAACAGCGCGAAUCCAGAUCUCACCAGUCUUGAAAUUUCGCCUGGCUCAAGCGUAUCAUAUCUUCGCGAAGUACGGCCCUGACGCAGGUGUUGCUGGACACAUCACUGUCCGGGACCUGAUCGGGCCAGAUUGCUACUGGGUUAACCCCUGGGGUGUUCACUUCAAGCUCAUCCAGCCUGAGCUCCUCCUUCUCUUAGACCACGAAGGUAAUAUGCAGCAUAAGAAAACUGGACCCAUUCGGUUCCUCAACAAGGCGGCAUACAUAAUCCAUUCGGCGAUUCGUGGCGCUCGCCCAGAUGUCGCUGACAGCUGUGCUUUUUAUGAGGAUCAUGUGGUAUUCAGCGAUUUUCGUGGCGUGGUCAAUUUUCGUAAGGAAGGUGUGGCUAUAGCGGCUCGGUUCCAAGAUGGUAACCAUGGCCUACUUGUUGUCACCGAGUUGAUUGAAUCUACCGUUUACUUUUUCAUCUCUUCGGAGAAUCGCUGCCAGAGACCACAUAUCAUUGACCUAGAAAGUGCGGCUCUGACACGCAAAGUCCUUGGAGCUGAGCUAGGGGGGUGGUAA